GAAUGUAUGAUGAAAUCGGAAAGAAGUCCAUUGCGCAGCAUUUGGCCCAAUGGCGUCUCUGUCUCUCCAGGGGAUCGGAAACUUCAUACCAUUCUCUUCUCAAUUGAAACCGCCAAUCACCACAAAGCAUCCUCUCAACCUAUACCAAACAACUUCGCCUGUCCUAAACCAUACUAGAUUCAAGCUUCAAUGCACCCAUGCAGCCUCUAAUGCCAACGAGAGUUCCACCAGGGUUUAUCGUCGUUACAGACCAAGACCUAAAACUAAUGAUCAGAAUCAGAACAGCCCAUCAUCUAAAAAUCCUGCAACUUCAGAUAUUAAUGUUGAUUUAAUGGGGUUGUACAAAGAGGGGAAGGUUAAGGAAGUUCUGGAGUAUAUGGGUCAAGGUGUCUCUGCUGAUUAUGGUGUUUUCAGUGCGUUAUUGGAUUUUUUUGGGGAGGUGAGGUCCUUAGAAGACACAAAAAGAGUCCAUGGGUGCUUGAGAAGGUCGCCGUUUAUCAGUGACUCUCAGUUGAACAAUAAGUUGAUUGACCUGUAUGUGAAAUGUGGGAGCAUUAGAGAUGCGCGCAAGGUGUUUGAUAAAAUGCCUGAACGGAGUAUGAACUUGUGGCAUUUGAUGAUUAAUGGGUAUGCAGCAAAUGGGCAAGGGAACGACGGGCUGCUGUUGUUUGAUAAAAUGACAAAAGGAGGACUGCGGCCUGAUAAGGAGACUUUUCAGGCGGUUUUUGCUGCAUGUGCCAGUGCAGUGGCUGUGAAGGAAGGGUUGAUGCACUUCAAAUCAAUGAAGGAUGAGUAUGGAAUUUUUCCUGAGAUUGAACACUAUCUAGGGAUCAUUGAUGUGUAUGGGAGAGCUGGUCAUUUGAAUGAAGCUGAAGAAUUCAUUCAGCAGAUGCCAUUCGAGCCAAUGGUAGAAGUUUGGGAGGCUCUAAGGAAUUUUGCUCGCAUCCAUGGUGAUAUUGACCUUGAAGAUCGUCUAGAGGAAUUGUUGGUUGAUAAUGAUCCGUCUAAGAGCACUGAUAACAAACUCCCAGCACCUCCAAGGAAGAAGCAUCCUGCAACAAACAUGAUUGAGGAGAAAAAUAGGGUGUUUGAGUAUCGCUGUACAAUCCCUUACAAGGAAGAGGCUUAUGGCAAGCUGAAAGGUUUAAAUGGGCAGCUGAGAGAAGCAGGAUAUGUGCCUGAUACCAGAUAUGUGCUUCAUGACAUUGAUCAAGAGGCUAAAGAGCAGGCCUUGCAAUACCAUAGCGAGCGUCUAGCCAUUGCUUAUGGUCUAAUUAGUACUCCAGCAAGGACCACUCUCAGGAUCAUGAAAAAUCUGAGGAUUUGUGGUGACUGCCACAAUGCAAUAAAAAUUAUGUCCAAGAUAGUUGGGAGGGAGCUGAUUGUUAGGGAUAACAAGCGUUUUCAUCAUUUCAAAGAAGGCAAAUGCUCUUGUGGGGAUUACUGGUAGGGUUAGCUUUUCUUUAUGUGCUCGAUCAUCUCCCAUGUGCUAUUAAUAGUUGCAUGAAAGAAACCAAAGUAAUUCUGAUCGAACUGUGACUUUCUGGAAAAAAUGAAGAUUUUAUGUAUCCUACAUACAUUUGUAUUGUAACAAUGAAAUAGAUGUUCAUUCACAUAAGAAACUCCAUUUUGUUUU